AUGGAGGAGCUUCAAGCGAAAGUGAACGAUUUGGUUUCACUUCUCUCCGAUUCGAGACCAAGUCAACGCUCGCGAAGUCCUGUGAGACGACGAGAAGUCGAGCGUUCGGCGUCCCCGCGACGGGAUCGCUACGACUGGCGCCGAGAUCGAUCCACUCGGGACGAGAAGCGUGAGGACCGGGAUCGACGACACCCACGACCCACCGACGACCGGGCCGACCGGGCCGACCGGGCCGACCGGGCCGACCGGGCCCCGCGCCGCGACCGGACCGACGACCGCCGGUCGCGCGAGCGCCGGGACCGCGACCGGCGCGAGCGCCGGAGCCGCGAGCGGAGCAGCGACCGACGUCGAGGGCACAGCGACCGGAGUGGAGCGGAGCGCCGAGACCGGAGCAGCUCCAGACGACGAGUCAGACAAGCCGAACACCCCCGGAGCAAUGACAGGCGGCUGGGAUUUGCAAGAGGCGUUCCCGAGCGCCCCGCACCAGGCCGUAGCCGAAGCCCGAAGCGGGAAGGUACUGCAGAAUCUGAAGCAAAUAGUCGUCCAGUGGCCAGUGUUCCGUCACAACCGGAGAGUCAGGAAUCCACCACGCUAGGCGCCCGAAAGCGACGCCUACCAAUGCCCUUGCCAAGAUCAACGGCUGGAGCGACAGCGAGUCAACAAUACCAGCCGAGCAGCUCGUCUGUAUCAGGUACAAGUGGCGCAGCUGCAAAGGUGAGACAUUUGAUCAGCCCAGCUGCCCCGCGCGAACCAAGCUCUGCCAGCGCGGCAGGUGGGAAACAGCAGCAUCAUGUCCUCUCGCAUUUAGACAAGCAGAAAUCGAGAGGACGUGUUGCAGGGAUCGACAAGGUGAAGACAUCCGAGGCUCGGAGCAAGUGA